GUUUCUCUGACCGGGCAGCUAUGGAAGGUGUUUGUCGCGCUUCGCGAGUGGGCGCCCUGGCCUCCUACGCCAGCGAACGAGUACUGUCCACCGCAGACUGGCAUUGGCCGCAGGCAUGGGCGCACCCCCGGAUCACCACCGAGAAUUUUAACUGGGCAAUCCGUCGUAUGGGCCCCUAUGUCGCGACGUUGCGUCUCGACGAUCAAUGGGUCACCGAGAGACUGCGGCCGCAGGUGCUGGCGAUAGCGGCACGCAAUUGUCCGCGACUAACGGUCAUCGAUCUAACGGGCACGACCAUCCGCCCGUCGGGAGUCCGCGAUUUAACGUCGACCGCGGGGACUUUAGUCACAUUUUCUUUGGGUAAGACGAUUGGAGACGUGGAACCGGAAUUGUCGGGUUUGUUCGCGACGGCGCCGUGUCUCGCGAGCUUCAGGGCCACACGCUCUGGGUUCGCGGGGGCGGCGUUGUCGCGGAUGACCCCGGCACUCCGGGAACUUCGGCUUCGCGAUUGCGCGUCGCUGUUGGCAUCACCGGUGGCCGCAUGUCUGGCGGCCCAGCGAUCGCUCUCGUCGAUUGAACUCUCUCAGUGCCGCACCCUGACCUCUGCCGAGCCGCUCGGAGCUUUAAUGAAUAAUGAAGCCUUACAUCGAUCCGUCCAGGAAAUGGUCUUAAUUGAUAUCGACUUUACCACGACCAUCGGCGAGGAUGAAGAGGAGAAUGUUCCAGUCGCUGCCCCAGUGCCGGAUCCGGUCUUUAUCGAACUAGAGUUAGGACCGGUGGAGAUUGCGCGUUCGCUGCCGGAAUCCUUCCGACAGCUCACUGUCGCGCGCAUUUUAUUUUGUGGAUGGGUGGACACCACCUUUAUUAGGCACGUGGGAGAACAUCUUCAUCAGCUACUGGAGCUCGAUAUUUCAGGGUGCUCCAAUGUAAGGGGCCAGUUCGCCCUGGAGCCCCUAGGACACCUUCCAAGGCUGGAGCGAAUCGCGUUAAACAAUCUCCAUCCGUCGGUGUCGGCACCGGCCCUGGCUACCAUCGACACGUUAAGAGAGGUUCGAGCACGUGACAGCCAAGGCAUAACGGACGAGGAUACCACGGCCAUCGUUCGUGGCUGCCUCCACCUGGUCACAUUGGAUGUGGAAGGAUGCUCGGGAGUGACCACGCAGACGGUCAUUGAAGUCACCGAAAUCAUCAAAAGGCAAGGCAGGGCUGCGGUAUUGAGUUUGUCGUUCGGCGGGACGAGCGCGGAUCGUCGAGCGCGCGUCCGACCCAGCCUGAUAUUGCGGGUCAACUAUGACCGGGUAUUCCAACCGAUACUCCGUGAUUUUUAGAUUAGCAUCACUGAGGGCGGCGAUGGUUUUAAGGGGGGAGGAUUUGUUACGCCAGGGCGGAAAAUUUGAAAUUUAUCCGCCUUGCGUCCCUUAUCGAACCCUUUUGGGUUACGAGAAUUUCUCAUGUAAGGGGCGUAUAGGCGGGUGUUUCGGUUUUCCGCCAACCUUUU